AGCCGGGCUUGUCCAUCGAGCCAAAGGGGUGGGUGAGGACUGGAAGGGGGCAGCUGGCGUAGGGGAAAAGAAGGGGCGAGCGAAGCCCAAGUGCCCGGGCGAGGAGGGGAGUUUGCGCCGCCAGCGGAGCCCGCCGAGCCGGGGCAUGGUGCAGAGCUCCCCCGGGCUGCGGAGCGCGGAGCGGCGGCCAGGGCAGCGCAGCGGGGGAUGGAGAGAGCUGCGAGCGUUGGUGGUCGAGCCGGGAAUGAGAGCGGCAGGACUGCGCAAGGGAGGUCAAGGAAAACUCAAGAAGCCAGCCAAUCAAAAGCCCUGUAGGGAUGCUGUAAAGCCAGGUGACUCUGGGAAGGUGGCUGAAUGUUAAAGAUGGCAACCCAAUACAACAAUGAACUGAAAUGUGUUAGCGUAGAGUGGGACUUCCUUCAAGGACUGCUCGUAAAGAACCAGCCUGUCCCUUGCCUGCAAGCGCUACGGAAGGAGAAGUCUCGCAAUGCUGCCCGAUUCCGACGAGGCAAGGAGAACUUCGAGUUCUACGAGCUGGCGAAGAUGCUCCCGUUACCGGGUGCCAUCACGAGCCAGCUCGACAAGGCUUCCAUCAUCCGGCUGACCAUCAGCUACCUCCGCAUGAGGGACUUCGCCAACCUGGGGGACCCUCCAUGGAACCUCCGGAUUGAGGGGCCCCCGCCAAACAUCUCUGUAAAAGCAAUAGGAACUCAGCAACGAAGAAGCCCCACUUCCCUGGCUAUCGAACUGUUUGAACAGCACGUGGGUGGACACAUCCUACAGUCCCUGGAUGGUUUUAUUUUUGCACUAAACCAAGAAGGAAAAUUUUUAUACAUCUCUGAAACUGUCUCCAUCUACCUGGGACUGUCACAGGUGGAACUAACAGGCAGCAGCAUCUUCGACUACAUUCACCCUGGCGAUCACGUUGAGGUGGCGGAGCAGCUGGGUCUGAAACUGCCGAGCAGCCGCGGUCACAGCUCCCAGGCCCCCGCUGAGGACGGGGCAAGUUCGACGUCUUCCUCCUCACUGGCCGAGACCCCCGAGCCAGACUCCGCCAGCCCCAGCCUCCUGUCCGAGGACGCAGCACUCGAACGAACGUUCUUCGUCCGCAUGAAGUCGACGCUGACCAAGCGAGGGGUCCACAUCAAGUCUUCAGGAUACAAGGUCAUUCACGUCACAGGUCGCCUGAGGCCGCGGAUAUCUUUGCCCCACGCCCGCGCCGUCCCCACCAAGUUCAUGGGGAUGGUGGCCCUGGCCCACACACUCCCUCCUUCCACCAUCAACGAGGUGCGCAUCGAGUGCCACAUGUUUGUCUCCAGGGUCAGCCUCGACCUUCAGAUCAUCUACUGUGAGAACAGGAUCUCGGACUACAUGGACUUGUCCACAGCGGACGUGGUGGGGAAGAACUGCUAUCACUUCAUUCACGCUGAGGAUGUGGAAGGGAUCCGACAUAGCCACCUGGACUUGUUGAACAAGGGUCAGGUGGUCACGAAGUAUUACCGUUGGAUGCAGAAGAACGGAGGGUACAUGUGGGUCCAGUCGAGCGCCACCAUCUCGAUCAACGUGAAGAAUGGGAACGAGAAGAACAUCAUCUGGGUGAACCAUGUGCUGAGCAAACCGGAGCUUCGAGACACUCCGAUGGACAUCUCACAGCUCCCGCUCUCGUCCAUCAAAGCUUCCAAGCAGCUGGUGUUGUCAGAUUCGGAGUCCGACUCUCGGGAGCACAUAGGGAGCCACGACCCGAAAGCCACGGGGAAGGCGAGCAACUUGGAGGCGGGAGUCAGGGCGCGCUCGGAGGCCUGGAAGCGAUCCGACAGCCCGUCCGAGGAGGAGAUGACCUCGGCCAAGGACGACAGCGACUCCAGCCUGUCGGACAGCGAGGGGCCGAGCGGCGGCAGGAGGAGCCUGGUCCUGCCGCGAGUCAAGCGGAUGAAGGUGGAGGGCCAGGCCGAGGCAGGGCCGGGCCGAGAGCUGCGGGGCUCGGGACCCAGUGACGGAGGCACGGGGGCCAGCUCGGAGGAGGAGGAGAGCGGCGGCUUGGCCGCCCGGCACCUGUACCCCAAGCGGAGGAAGAGGCCGAGGGAUGGCUCGGGGCCUCGGGCCAAGGCGCCGGGGGUGGCCGAUCGCGACUCUACCCUCAAGGUCAAGACUGAGGCCACUCCGGCCAUCGGCUACGAGGGCCGCCGCCCGGCCUGGGACUACCCAUCCGAGCGGGAGGCGGCCUACCACCAUCGGGCGGCCAAGGCCCCGCCCGCCGCCUCCGACCACUUCGGCGCAGAUCCCCCCCUCAGCCCGCCCGGCGCUGCCGACAACCCCGGCGGCAGGAAGACACCCUUCGGCCCGUCUCCCCGCGCCUCCGACGCCCGGUCGCCGGCCCCGCCGUCCGCCGACGACAAGGCCGAGGUUCUGGCCCUGGCCCAGGCCCAGCCGCCGCCGCCGCCGCCCUCCAGCCUGUACGCAGCCAGCACCAUCCGCUACGCGCCGGCCGACGUGGCGCUGGCCGUGCCUGGCAACCUGCUGCCCGCCGCCGCCGCCCACGCCCUCAACUUCGUGGAGCUGAACGGCCCGGCCUUCGGCGCCGAGCAGAAGGCGCAGGUGGAGAUGAUCUACCACCACGUCCAGCGCCUCAACAUGGCGGCCAACCCCUUCGGGUCGCCGGCCGCCGCUGCCGGCCUCGCCCAGGUACCGGCUGGCAGCGUCUUCACCACGGCCGAGGCCCUCUUCUCCACCCUGCCCUUCCCCAUGAACGCCGGCACCAUCCACCCCCCGCAGGCCCUGGAGCGCAAGGAAGACUGACCCAGCGCCCAUCGAGAUCCCUCCAGCCAGCCUCCAAGUUGAGACAAUAAGACCUCUGCUCCUCCCCUUCCCAUCUCCUUCAAGUGUUACCCUCAUUUUUUUUUUUACCUUAUUCCCUCUUCCCUCCCAACCAUAACCCCAGAGGCAACCGCCCGUGUCUCUCUGGUCCAAGUCCACACGGGGAGUGGACGAGCUGGGGCUGGAUGGUAGAGGGAGGUGGACAUUGGAUGGUCCCACCAUCUCGGCGGCUGGUUGUCCACGGGACUGGCCGGCUGUUGGGACGCAGGUGUUGUUAAGGGGAGGGUGGCGGUCGGUGUGCCAGCCCCCCACCCCCAUCUCCACCCCCGCUGCUCGGUUCGUGAGGUCGUUGUCCACUCGGCCCAUCCAAUGAGGCCUGACCCGUCUCCACCUUGACCUUUUCUUGGGCCGGAGCCUCACUGGUACAAUGUCCCGUGGGACCGUUCUGUGUAUAAUGUACAGCCAGUCGGUAAAACUUGUAAAAAAAAAGGCAAAUUGAGAGAGAGAAAGAGAAACAUUGCCCUUGCGACAGGUGGCUUUAAAGCCGGAUUAAGUGAUGUUUCCCGCCCCCCGACGGUUUCUCGGACAAAGCAUUCCCUGGUGUGGGGAAUUACCCAAACGCCGUUCGAUGUAUCCUCAUACCGUCUAGUUUCACACUUGCCUGAAGCUUUGGAGAAAGUGAGGUCGAAAUAUCAGAGAGCCCCAGACGGCUUCUUCCAGAGGUUAUCCACUUGAAGCGGGGCGCCACUGCUUCGGAGUGAGUUGUUGGGGGUAAUGCAGGGGAAACAUUACUGUGUAUCUAACCCGCGCUGUCCCGAAUCCUGGAGUGCUUGAUGGGACAGUGUUAGAGGAGUUUUACCCUGUAUCUAACCAGUUUCUUUAUUCCCCCCCCCCCCUUCUCUUCGGGACUAUGUAGAAGGAGCAUCACUCUCGCGUCUAAUUGUGCUGAAUAUUCCCUGGUACAUUUGACAGGGGGUAGGGUGAAGGGGGAAAAAAAGGCUUGAUAACCAGACCGUUUUAUUUUGGGUGUGCGCUGUGGCGAAGAGGUUCUGGUCCAUUCCGACGGGAAACAGCAUCAACGCUAAUAUGUGAAAUCUCCGACAUAAAUAGUGGUAAUUCAGAUCGCAGCUAAUCUGUACAGUGACCGUAGGCUUUCAACUUUUCGUUCUGCAAGCCCAAAGUUAUCACCCAAACCACUCCCUGUACGUUUCAGCGACGCAAAUUGCACUCAGCCUUCUUUUCGUUUUGUUCUCCUUUUGGCAAAUUCAACGUGACCUAAGACCAGAUGGUGACUGAGGGCUUCUGCACCUCGCUGUGCGCCGCCUGUGGCACUGCGCCCCUGCCCGGCUGUGUGGGGUGGGGGGGGGGGAGUGUUACACCCAAGCUCUUCUGCCUCGUCGUGGCCCAUUGACCCACUCGCGGUGAGAUGUCGGGUAGGUCCCGCCGAUGCUGGUGCGUUCCGCAGCCCCUGGUAGGUCCAAGACCCAGGGGUUUGUGUGGCAAAGCCGUUCCCUUUGCCUUGACUUUGCGCAGCACUUACAAAGAUAAAGCCGAGACAGACUGCAGACUUGCAUUCCAAUAGUGCCGUUCAGAGCCUCAGGACUUUCAGCCGAUCAGGUAACCCUCUGAAGUUUUUAAGUCACUGUCUUUGUGUGAGGAGGCCGGGGCAGCCUGUGGUCAGAAAGCUUCCACGCGAGCCGGGUGUGCAGUCAGGGCGGUCCGACGUUCGGGCCGGUCACCCCCGAAGCAACGCGACACCGUCCCGGCUUCAGCCUGGAUGUCUGCGGAGGACGGUAGCCGAGCUCGCAAUGUCCCGUCUCCAAGCCGUGCGCAAUGCCCGCCGAAGGCCGUCAGCUCAUGAAAGCCACGGUUUCGUCCCAGAGCUGGAAGCGGCUUUCUGUUGUAUUUUCUCUAUCCACCCCACCCCCCCCCCCACAAGUCGAUGUUUGUUAGUCUAAGGCAUUCUGUAACAGCAAUAAUCAGCACCAAGGUGUGGAUUAAUACUGGCGGCGAGAAGUAACUGCGGAGAGGAAGAGGCACACCGGGUCUGGGAGACAGCAUUUACACUGUUGGAAGGAUGAGUGACGAUUACAUAAGACAGUACGGGCCCUUCGGCCCACAAAGUUGUGCUGACCUUUUGACCAACCAGGAUCAAUCUAAACACAAAGUACACUGCAGAUGCUGUGGUCAAAUCAAGACGUACAAAAAAGCUGGAUGAACUCAGCAGGUCGGGUCAGCAUCCGUUGAAAGGGCAGUCAACGUUUCGGGCCGAGACCCUUCGUCAAGAUCAAUCUAACCCUUCCUUCCUUCCCACGUUCCCAACGCCCGGUAAAAUUCUCCAACUUCUGUAACUUUUCGCAUCUCCUUUCGCUCGCCCUAUCC